AUGCCCUCUUUCCUACGCCCAAAUGCCCAGCGUUGUCGUGACUUCUUGUCGCAUCCAGAUGCGUACGUAGUCCAUAUUCCGACUGGUGAUGACCUCUACUUCACAUUACCGUUCGACUUAAGCUCUCUGCAUCCCAUGCGCCCCCAAGAGCUAGAAGCCCUCCAUGACUUCUUGGAUACGAUACAAGAUGAGGUUGCAGAAAACCUGGGUAACCAUACCCUCGAGAAUGUUCUGCAAGCGCAGUCGAUCAUAGUGCGCUGGCUCGAAAACGCCAGGUGCCUUGGCGAUUUGGAGACGCAUGGUUGGGCAGCUGGUCUGGGCUUCCCAAUAUUCGAUGACUACCAAUAUCCAGUUGACUUCCAUUGGAACUGGGAUGUCAUCAAGUUUGAGGGGCUUACUUCCAAAUACUUCGAACUGGUACAUCCUGCAAGCACCCGUUCCGUCUACCAUUCUAUAUACCGCACCCCCACUGAGCACGCUUCCGCCCCACCCAAUACUCCAGUCAAUCGUAGACUGUACAGAGGCGCAGACCCGGACUAUAUGGAAUCUGAGUCUAAUAAACCUUUCAGCACGCAUGUGGCAGCCUGUGCGAACAACAACGAGAUUUCGGACUUCUGUGAUUACUUUCCAGACCUCAAUUUCGCCCCACCCCAAGACCGAGUCUUUCAGUUUGAGAGUAACAGCCACCAUGGUACUCGCAGCAUUCAAGGACAGAAUGUGAAAGUUUACCCUGACCGGGUUUCGCGGACUUCAAGACUCGAUGCGGAGACUAUUGAACCUACCAAGAUCCAGCAACGUACUCGUCAGCUCACGAUGGCGACCGAGAGAUAUUCUCCAAAGCCUCUGCAUGCAUGGGAAGACUUCUAUCAGCGAGGGCUGAUAUGUUACGGUCUGGCUGCCGAAAACAGUUCCCUGGUGCCCUAUGCCGAUCUGUACUUGCUCAAAUCAUACAAAGCUAUGCGCGACCAGGGCUCGUCAGAAAGAGAUUCUCUGAAGCAAGUAAGUAACAUCAAGUCGACUAAUCCUAAGAGUUUCCCUGGGCGAUCUGUAUGGAGAGAUCAUUCGCGAUGGGGCGACGACGAGUUCAAUUACACAUUCCCCAAUGAGCCUGAUUAUCGUACUCCUCAGGUGACUGUCAAACAGACAGUGCCCUGUUGUCAUCCUGAAAAAUGUGCCGAAGAAUGCUAUAUCUCGUCAGAAGGUUGCAUGAAACAAAUUCAGGAUUCUGGUCAAGGUCCAGAGCGCCAGGUUCGAUUUGUACAGCCACCAUCCGACCAGGAGGUUGACAAGUCUACGUUCCCAGGACACGCAACGCCAAAGUGUGUGCAUAACAUGCAGCAACCACUUGGUUACCAUCAGUCGUCAAUGUUCCAUGAUUGCAACUCGUUACUUCCUUCUGAUCGUGAAUGGGAGCCUAUGGCAGGAACUGGAGCUGCUAAGAAGCUCUCCGAGUCCAAGAGACAAGAGCGCAAUCAAACCUAUAGCGAUCAAGAACCCCAAAGUGCUUUCGAAGAAACCUCAAUUGUAUCUGAGCCAAAGGAAGUCAAAGAAUGUGCACCCCAAAACACUGGGCAGCGGGCUACCCAUUUUCGAGGCCGUGAGCAGAGGACUUCAUCCGCUCGGGAAACUGCUGCGAAACUUAAACACGACACUCAAGAUAUGUUCGAUCAAGCCUCAGAUUGUCGAUGCACUGUCUGUGGACAUUCUAACGCUUCCCAGACCGUGCCAUUCCAAAACCCAACUCGACUAUUCAACUGGCCGAAGGCAACAGCAAGACCUUCGAGCUAUCAGGCAUAUGCUGAAGACAGUCCAGAGGACUCACCUGGGGCUAAAUCCGGCUCAUGGAGGGAUGUGUGA